AUGGGGCUAGUACUUAACAGUAGCCAAUUCUUGAUUUUUCCUCCUCCUUUUUUUAGGUGGCUGGAUUCGUCCCGCACUUUGCUACAACAAGAAGUAAAGGAACAUGAGUGUUUAUGGCUGCGCUUCAAGUAUUACAGCUUUUUUGAUCUGGAGCCAAAGUACGACGCGGUCAGAAUCAACCAGCUGUACGAACAGGCCCGCUGGUCGGUGCUGCUGGAGGAGACCGACUGCACGGAGGAAGAAAUGGUCGUCUUCGCCGCCUUACAAUAUCGCAUCAACCAGCUCUCCUUGAACGCCACCCCUGUGGAGCAGUCCAGCGAAUCUGGCCUGGAUGACUUAGACAAAGCUUUGGCUAACUUGGAGGUCAAACUGGAAGGCUCAACCCCAGCUCCGAGUCUUUUGGACAGUCUCACAGCCAUCCCAGAGCUGAGGGAUCACCUCCGAAUCUUCAGGCCCCGCAAGCUGACCCUGAAAGGUUAUAAGCAGUACUGGGUGACUUUCAAAGAAACCACCAUCUCGUAUUUCAAGAGCCCAGAAGACGCGUUGGGAGAACCUGUCCAACAGCUCAACCUGAAAGGCUGCGAAGUGGUGCCAGAUGUCAACAUCUCUGGCCAGAAAUUCUGCAUCAAGUUGCUGGUCCCUUCUCCUGAUGGAAUGAGCGAAGUACACCUGAGAUGUGCGGAUGAGCAUCAAUACGCCAGUUGGAUGGCCGGCUGCCGUUUGGCAGCGAAAGGGAAGACUAUGGCGGACGCGUCCUACCAAGCCGAAAAGGAGAACAUUCUCUCCUUCCUGAAGUUGCAGAAGACCAACCCAGAAAUGUCCCUCACGGCAGAGACGGAGGGGACCCAAUGGCUGGUGUCUCCCCGCUACCAGAAGAAGUUCAAACCUAAGCAGUUAACCCCCCGCAUCCUUGAGGCCUACCAGAACGUCUCUCAGCACUCCCUGGCUGAAGCCAAGAUGAGAUUCAUCCAGGCCUGGCAAUCCCUCCCCGAUUUCGGCAUCUCGUACUUCGUGGUCAAGUUCAAAGGCAGCAGGAAAGACGAAAUCUUGGGGAUCGCCAACAACCGCUUGAUCCGGAUCGACAUGGCCGUCGGGGAUGUGGUGAAGACGUGGCGGUACAGCAACAUGCGUCAGUGGAACGUCAACUGGGACAUCCGCCAGGUGGCCAUCGAAUUCGAUGAGCACAUCAACGUGGCUUUCAGCUGCAUCUCGGCCGGCUGCAAGACGGUCCACGAAUACAUCGGGGGUUAUAUCUUCCUGUCCACCCGGACAGCUGACCGGAGCCAGACGCUGAACGAAGAGCUGUUCCACAAGUUGACGGGGGGCCACGAAGCCCUCUGAUGUCUCUCCGACCACGGCCUUCCCUUCUCCAAGGAGCAGCUGAUCUCCAGAACGGGCUGUCUAUGUUCUACAGGAGACGUGGAAGGUCCUUGUUGGAGUCCAGGCAUCCAUAAAGACUUGGAGAAGAAUUAUGAAAAGGAUGGAGGGAGGAGAGAGUACAGUAUGGUAACAGAGUGGGAAGGGACAUUUGAGGUCUUCUAGUCCAACCCCCUGCCCAAGCAGGAGACCAUAAGGACGAAUUAAGUGUGGUUGUGUUGGUUUUUGUUUGUUUGUUUGUUUUAGUAUUUCAGAGCAGGCUAUCUGAGAGUUCACAACCAGGACUACACAGCAGAGUUAAGAUAAUUUUACUAUUUUAAAUGUCUUGCCAAGGACAAUAUUUACUCCUUCCUCCUCCGAGUAACUCAGGGAUUUUACCCAAUGCAAGUUGGGGAGACCGGUACUUCUUUUGUUAUUUUUGUACGGUUUGCCAAAAAGGGAGUGUGUGUGUGUUUAUGUGGAUUGUGUUGAGUGCUUUUGUGUUAACCGUCUUCGAGAGGCUAUAAAGAGGAUUUUUUCACGAAAAUGCUUCCUUCCCAACAUGAAUAUUCUUCCUCAGAGUUUGCCUAGAUUGGAAGGAGGCUGUUUCAUGUCCUCCCCCCUUCCCCCCAUUUACAGGUAGUCCUCGACUUACGACCACAAUUGAGACCAAAAUUUCCACCCUCAGUCGUUGCAGUUGGAAGCCAAGCCAGACCUGUUUUUUAGGGCUGUUUUUAUGGUGGCCAAUAAGCGAACUCCAUCGUCAAAAGUGCGGACCGAUUGUUCCAUUUUUUUAUUUUAUUUUUUGCCGAAAACUGUUAUUAUAAAAGGGCCACGUAUUGUGGCCACGGGAUUGUAGGACACACAUCAACUGUUUGCAAAUGCAAGCCAGUGGCCAAAGCGCCUAAUUGAGAUCAUGUGGGGGUUAUGUGCAUUGCGAUGGUCGUAAAUGCGAGGUUGUCAUGAUUCACUGAGCCACUGUAGCAAGGCAGGUCAUAAAAUGGGGGCAAAACUCACUUAACCGCCUCGCUUAGCAACAGGAAUUUUAGGCUCCGUUGGGGUCCAAGGUCGAAGGCGACCUGAAUGAGACUGGAGAUAUAUUUCCCACGGGGAGGAGAAAAAGAGAAAGUCGACGUCCGUUCUAAUUCAAAUAGUGAGGUUCCUGGUUUAGUGACGUGUUCGAAGAGACACACGUAUGCGAUCCACAGGUGUCUCUGGGACGACAUGAAGGAAGGGAAGAGAUCCAUUAUCGGGAACGGUCACUCAAGAGGCAGGAGGACGCCUGGGAAGAGAAAAAGAGCAGGUGGCCCAGAUAGGGGAGUUAUUCCCUGCAUAAUACAAGUAGUCCUCCACU